GCUCAGUGGUAAAAGCGGUGUGGGCGCAGCCGCGGAGGUUUUUGUCAGCAUCAGCAUCUUCUGCUGGAUGCGGAUAACCGGAAGAUGGUGAAUCAGAGAGGAAGCGUGGGGAUUGUAUUGUUACAGUUACAAUCCCGAACCAGACCGCGUCCAUUUUUUAAAAAAAUAUUUCUUUAAAUGUUCAGUAUUUUGCGGGUGAAACUCUGAGUCGCUUGGCUGCCAUGUUCCCGUCUUGUUACUCCAAACCUGCGGACAGCGGCAGUAAGAGGAGCUCCAUCGCUAAGCUGCUGCUCGGGGUGUUUGUGGUUUACAUGCUCCACACCGCCUGGCUGUUGUACGGUUUCCUAAACACCAAAUCCUGCGAUGGAGGCAGAGGAGAGCACUGCAUCACCUCCUAUCUGGCAGCCAGACCCAGACUACAGAUGAGUGUUUUUACCUGUCUCGUGCCAGACAACAGCCCCCUCGAGCUCGCUGUAAAAAUAGACCCGUUCGACCCUCACUCGAGAUUUGAGAGAAAGGUGCAUGUCUCUCUGCCAGGAGAGACUCGGGCUAAUGGCACCCUCUUUGCAGUUGUUUAUGUGCACAAGGCUGGCGUUUCACCUUUGGAGGACAGCAGAGAGGUCCACUAUGCAGUCCAACUCACCACCUACAUCACCCCCUCACGCACCGACGUCCAAAAAGACAAGGAGAAGCCGAGAUCUGAGAACCCUGUAUCCCACUGGAGACCCCACCUGUCACUCACUGUCAUGUCAGAGGACUUCACCUUCACAAAGGCUGGGCUUCCCAGUGACGUGCGCCGCUACAUGAGAGUCUCUCAGGAAGGCAGACAGAUGAUGUACCUCCCUCUGCUGAUGGUUAAUGAGCUCAACUUCAGAGUCAGAGACCUCAUGGAGAUCAGCAGCGGCACCGUUCAGCUCCCUCUCACUGUGUCCUAUGAGGGAAUCUCUCUGAGAGGAUUCAGGUUUUGGGUCCACCUACAGGACAUGGUUUAUUCCCUGCAGCAAUUCGGCUUCACAGACGAAAACAUCGAUGAAAUUAAAGAAGCUCUGGUGGGAUCCAACCUCUACCUGUUAGUGCUGACUGCUUUCAUCACAGCUUUGCAACUGAUCUGUGAGUUUCUGGCUCUUAAAAAUGACAUCAGCUCAUGGAGGAAAAAGAAGAGCAUGGCGGGGAUAUCGAGGAAGACAGUUCUGUGGCGUAGUCUCGGUACUUUGCUGAUUUUCCUCUAUCUUCUGGAGGAGACCAGCCUGCUGGUGCUCCUUCCUGUCGGCCUGGGAGCGUGUGUGGAGGUGUGGAAGGUGUUUACAGUAUUUAAGAUCCAGAUACAGUGUAAAGGCAACAAGCUUCAUGUUAAUAAACUGGAUGAAGAGGAGAGAAAGACAGUGGAGUACGACACACAGGCGUCCAGAUACUUGUCCUACUUGGUGUAUCCCCUGUGCAUCAGUGGAGCUGUUUUCUCUCUGGCCUACUUACGCCAAAAGAGUUACUAUUCCUGGCUGAUCAGCACUCUGGUGACUGGAGUGUACGCCUUUGGCUUCCUGUCUAUGGCCCCUCAGCUCUACAUUAACCACAAGCUGAAGUCUGUGAGUCACCUGCAGGGGACAGUGUUGAUGUACAGGGGAGUCAACACGCUGAUUUCAGAUCUGUGCUCCUGUGCCUCCUUCUUUUCCUCCUCUGGAUCCUUCUCUUCCUCGCAUCAACUUUCCUGCUUCAGAGAUGAGCUUCUCUUCUUUCUCUACCUCUACCAGCGAAGCCGUUUCGCCUCCAAACCCAGAAAACGAGAGCCCGUCCCUCACACCAAGAAAGUGAAGACUCAGUGAGGAGAGGACAAGCUCAUCUUUUCAGAACUCAAAAGAUCAGCUCAAAAGAAACAAAACAGAAGUGAACUAAUGAGCCUUGGGGAUGUAAAACAGAGACACAGGCAGGACACAUGCCCACAUGUGUGCCACAGCAGCUCCUGACCGAUUCAGACUCUGCACUGCUGCAUACUCGCGGUGCUGCUGCUGCUUUUUGCUUGGCAUUGAUGAAGCUUCCCCUUGACUGCUGCUUUGACUCGGCUCCUUCAUCUAUCAACAUCUCUGCUGUACAUUUUAUGCUGGGUGACCUUUCACAAAUGAUUUCUGCAGCAUCACAUCAGCGCUUGUAACGUGGAUUUAUUUGCCGGAUCCUUCUCUUUAUACAAACACGAGGGAGCUGGAGUGUUUGGGUACGCUGCGAAGGAUUAAUCCUUCAACUCGGUGAUUCAACAAUUAGUCUUUCUGUCACUGAGCUUCACAUGAUUCACAGUUCAGAAGAAUCCUUAUGUAUCUUGCAGGGACACAUUGUCCCACAUCAGCUCAAUUUUAUUCUCAAACAGGUUAUUUUAGCCUUUUAUCUCUCCUCAUUAAAAGCCAACUUUCUGCAGAAUGCAGUGCCUGUUAACCCCGCCUCAUAUGCCAUCGGAGAAAGUCCCUGCCAGCUGGGCUGCUAGGAGGCACCAAUUCUGGAAACAUAUUAAUCAGACUACAUAAUGCAGCUUCAAUCACAAUAUGGAAACAAUGGGGUAAAAUACAGAGAACUGGAUCAUUUAAACUGCUACACGGUGAGAUGUGCACUUCUUUUUGCACAUUUUUCCAUAAACUAAACAUUAUUUUCCUUAUCAACACACAAUCUAUCUUUAUAACAACGAUGAGAAGAAUCGAUCUGCAAUGUUUGGCUAUUUUUUAUUUGAAGCAUGAUGCUGUGUUUUAGCCACACCCUGGAUGCUGAUUGGUCUGUGUUAGAGGUCAAGUCCAAUACAUCAUAGGGCACUCUAAGUCACCUCCAGUGAUGCUUCUUUUGUUCAUCUUAAAUGGCAUGAGAUAAAGUCUUCCUACUCACUAUCAAGUUGUACAUGCCGAGUUAGUUUUCCUGUCAGUUUACUGCAAACCGAUUUGAAAAAGACUCUUUGCCAAAUUAGCACAUAAAAAGAAAUGUAAAAGAUAAAAGCAUACAGCACAUCUGCUUCAUUAAAAGACGUCUAUUACUUCUCACACGGCACUGUCAGUCCAUCUGAAGCUUUUUACUGUGCUUGCAGGCCCGCUGCAUUAAACUCAGUGCUGAUUUCUGACUGAACUGCUCGAACACAAACAUUUACUUCAAAAUUGCUGUUUUUUAUGUUUUAGUAAUGCACUCUGCCUGCUCAUUGUUUUGUUU